AUGUCCUCCUACCGCCGUCAUUUUGAGAGCACCCUACCAACCACCUACCAACUCCAGGUGUUUCAGGAUGUCCAGCAUCACUCCGCAAGCCAAAGUGGAGCCAAGGGGCCAUCUGAAAACUCCCAACUAAUCAGUGCGAACAAGGCAGCCAAAUGCUACAGUGCAUCCACAGGAUUUGGACACAAACUGGACUUGGACGUAGCUUCGACUGAGAACGCGGCUUUCAAAACAACGCGCACCGGUGAGAGACGGGAGAUGGUGGCCCUUAACGAUCGUCUAGCUGUAUACAUCGAAAAGGUUCGUUCGCUGGAGUCCAAAAACAAGAUGAUGGAGGCUGAAAUUGAGGCCCUGAAGAGCCGAAAUGUCCGCCCGUCAGGUCUGAGGCAGCUUUAUGAAGCCCAGCUGAGGGACCUUAACCGGGCUGCAGAUCAAAUUCGAGUUCAGAGGGAUUUGUCUUUAGCUUCCAAGGAGGCCAUAUUGGGCCAGCUGGACCUGCUGAAGACCAGAUAUGACGAAACGGUAGAAGCUCGGAAAAACGUGGAGAGCGAGAUCAACAAACUCCGCCCGGUGGUGGACAAAGCAACAUCAGCACAAAUCAACUUGGAGAAACAGCUAGAGAACUUGGAGAUGGAGCUUGCUUUCUUACAGAGGGUUCAAAAAGAGGAAAUAGAAGAGCUGUUGCAGAAGAUUUACACAUCCAGCUCCAAAAUUGACCUGACUUUCGGAGUACCGGACCUUUCGCUGGCUAUCCGACAGAUUCAGUCUCAGUACGACUGCAUCGCAGCGAAAAAUUUGCAGGAAAUGGACACUUGGUACAAAGCGAAAUUUCAAGACUUGACCCACACGUCCGCUAAACGCCUUCACGGCGUGAGAAGCUUGAGGGAGCAGAUGGGAGGUUAUAAGAAAGAUAUUCUCAACAAAGAGCAAGAACUUGACGCGAUGAAGACCAAGAAUGCCAAUUUGGAGACUCUGAUCCAAGAUUCUUCAGCGAAAUACAAGAAGAAAGAGGAUGAGCUACAGGAGCGAUUUGAAGCACUUAAAAUGGAGCUGAAGGUGACUAAAGAGAAGAUUGCCUCACUUCUGAGGGAAUAUCAAGAUUUACUCAAUGUCAAGAUGGCUUUGGAGAUUGAAAUUGCUGCAUACAGAAAACUUAUUGAGGGUGAAGACCACCGUCUCAGUGCCACAGUCUACAGUCUGGAUCUGGUGUCCUGCGAUGCUUCCACAGCAGAGAAGACUGUCUACUCUUUGAAAGACUCUGACAGACAUAUGUUGGAGGACAAGAAGAUUGAGGUAAAAGAGGUUCAGGGGCUAGAUGAGAAAAUUGAUGAUGAGAAAAUUCAGGAGGUGAAGUUUGAGGCUAACGUUCAAGAAGAUGUUGAGGUUGAGGAGGAGGGUGUGAAGGAAGAAAAAAUUCUGGAGGGUGUAAAGGUUGAGGUAGAAGAACUAGUUGUAGAUGAGAAAGUUCAAAAGGAAGAGGGGAAAUUUGAGCAAGACUGGGAAUCACUAAGUGUCAGUCAAGUUCUUACAAAGGAGCCAUCACCACCCGACACCCAAAGUGAUGUAAUAAACCACAUGGACCAGGCCUAA